AAUAUAAUCAAAAUUUUGAGUGAAACAGGGUACGCUAUAUCAUUAGUAUCUUUAAUAAUUGCUUUCACCAUAAUGUUUAAAAUAAAACGAUUGCAUUGUGCAAGAAACAUACUUCAUAUGAACUUAUUUGCGUCUUUCAUAUUAAGGUCUUUUAUGCAUAUUUUAAAAGAUGCGCUUUUCGAAGACGGUCUAGGACUAGAAAAAGAUAUAUUAACAAAUGAUGAUGGUGGCAGAUAUUUUCAUGUAGAUUUUAAGGUCAACAAUUUUGAAUGCAAAUUGAUUAUAAGUUUGGUUCAAUAUUUUACUGCUGCCAAUUACAGCUGGAUUCUGAUGGAAGGACUAUAUUUGAUCAAUUUAAUUUUAAGGGCUCUAUUCACAGACUCCAAUAAGAAUUUAGCUUAUUAUAUAUCAUUUGGAUGGGGUUUGCCAUUAUUGGUGGUAAUUCCUUGGGUUAUUACAAGAAUUAUGGAAGAAGAUACUUACUGCUGGACGACAAAUAAAAAUCCUAAAGUAUUUUCCAUUAUAUUUGUGCCCACACUAGCCUCAGUUUUG